AUGGUAUCUGAUGAUAAAAAAAAAGUUGAAGAGUCAGUUGAUCAAAAUAAUGUUGAAAAAAAUGAUGACAAAACUGAUAAUUUAAAAAAUCGAGAUUCAGAAUGGAUGCUACGUGCUUGUCGUGUUUAUAAAGAAGAGUAUGAUGAUUGUACAUCAUUUAGAGGAAGAUUUCAACAAAAUUUUGUCUAUGGAGAAAAAUUAGAUUGUUCACAAUGGAAAACUGACUAUGAUAAUUGUAAAAAAUGGAAAAAAACAGAUGAUGAUGAUGCUUACACUGAAUUAGUAGCAAGUGAAAAGAAAAGACGUUUGGAACGUCUAAGGCCUCAUUAUCAAAAUAAUGUUUGGGAAAAACGUGAAGAACCACCAAAAGAUUGGAAUGCUCCUCUUCCAGAUUAUCUUGUUCAACGAAACAACAAUACAUUUUUAGCUUUGAAACAAGCUGAUAUUGAGAACAAUAGAGAAACUUCUGAUAUGCUAAUUCCUGGUUGUGUUAUUUUAUAAUAAUUAAAUUGAAUAAAGACAAUUAAAUAUUGAAAGAAACUUGUAAAAAAAAAAACAAAAAUUCAUCAAAUUAAAUAAUAAGAAAAUCAUUUUUAUUAUUAUUGUUUUUUUUUUUAAGUGAUUAAUAAUUAUUAUUCAUUAACAUUACAAGUUACACAAUUCGGUCUGCAAUUUUACAUAGUCUUUAGUUUUUUUUAUGACUUAAAAAAAAAAUUCUUUUUUCUUUUCUAGGACUGAUUAUGGGACACAUCUUGGUAUACUUUAUCAAAAUCUUGUUGUUUGAUUUGGAUUAAGAUAAAAAUAACAUGAGCACUAUUCUGUUUGCUUAUCAAUAUUUAUGACAUAAAAAAAAAUUUUUUUUUAUAUGAAUUUCGUCGGUUGAUUCUCAAAUAGAAGGUAAAAAAAAAAGAGAAAAUUAUUCUGGGUGUCAAGUGGUCCUCAAAUAUUGUUUCAUUAUUUUAUUUUUAAUCUUUUUCAUUUUGGCUCAACUAGUAGAGGUAUUAUGAUAUUAUUGAUCGUUUAUUGUUUCAUUUUUCGAUGACAUACAUGCAUAUACAAAUCCAAAUGAAUAAUAAUAAUAAUAUAAAUAUAAAAACAUUUUAUCGUCUAUCUUAAAAUCUACAUCUUUUUUUUUUUUUUAAAUUCCAAUCACAAGUUUCUUACUCGAAACAAUAUAAUGAAAAAAAAAUAUCAGACAAAAAAUUGGAUUUAACGUUGUGCAAUGUCUAAGUUAAUUAAUAAUUAUUAUAAAAAAAAAAAAUUAACUUGUUUUAACAAUAAAAAUAUAUCUCUAACAAAUCCAACAAAUUCACAUUUCCUUUUUUUUUUUUUUAUCUUUUUUUUCCUUUUUUCUAAAAACUCGAAGAUUAUUAAAAUAAUAUAUCCACAACGAUUGUAACAUAGUUAUUUCUUUUUUAAUCAAUAAUUAAUUUUUUUAAUGAAAAAAAAAAAAAAAAAAAACAAUAUAAAUCAAAAAUUGUCACAGCAAUAUAUUGCACAUAAAAUUAUAUUUAAAAUUUUCCGUUUUAGCUAGAAAUUUGCCAAAGAAUUUGUCAAGAUGCCAAAGUUGUUCUAUGCCAUGAUGGUUUAUGUUGUCCAUUUUCAUGAUUAAUAUUUGAAUAAUUUAAAUUUGUAUUUUUUUUAUCAAUUAAUA